ACACGCACAAAGACUCAUCAAUCGACCCUGUGGAAAAUGGUUCGCCAAUUUCUCACGCUUUCUCCGGCAAUUUCCCGCUUGAAUGUUUUCCCGAGAAACUCACUCCUCUCGAUUUUACCUUCUCGGAGGUUGCAGAAGGACCAUCAUACGCAACAGAAGCUUGUAAGUCCAACGUUGUCGCUUGUCUCUUCUUCGUCUCCAGUGAGAUGUUUUUCUUCGAAUGGAACGAGAGUGCCCUUCUUGCCCAGCAACGAAAUUUCGAAGCUUGAUGAGAAUUUGGUCGUUUUGGGUAUUGAAACGAGCUGCGACGACACUGCUGCUGCUGUUGUGAGGAGCAAUGGAGAAAUUCUUAGCCAAGUCGUUUCUUCUCAGGCAGAACUGCUUGCUCGAUAUGGAGGAGUUGCGCCUAAACAAGCAGAAGAAGCACAUUCCGAGGCCAUCGAUAAGGUUGUGCAAGAAGCACUUGAUAGAGCAAAUGUAACCGAGAAGGAGCUCUCUGCUGUAGCUGUUACCAUUGGGCCUGGUUUGAGUCUUUGUCUACGUGUUGGUGUGCAGAAGGCUCGAAGAGUUGCUGGUAGCUUCCGUCUGCCAAUUGUCGGUGUGCAUCACAUGGAAGCUCAUGCCCUCGUGGCCAGAUUAAGUGAACGGGAAUUGACAUUUCCUUUCAUGGCAUUGCUAAUAUCAGGAGGGCACAAUCUUCUUGUUCUUGCUCAUGGUCUUGGACAGUACACACAACUCGGGACUACAGUAGACGAUGCAAUUGGUGAGGCCUUUGACAAGACAGCAAAAUGGCUUGGCCUUGACAUGAGGAGAAGCGGUGGACCAGCUGUUGAAGAACUCGCUCUGGAGGGUGAUGCAGAAUCUGUUAAGUUCAAUGUUCCAAUGAAGCAUCAUAAAGAUUGCAACUUUUCUUAUGCUGGUUUGAAGACUCAAGUGAGACUGGCUAUUGAAGCCAAAGGCAUCGAUGCUAAAUGCCCUGUUUCUUCUGCCACAAGUGAGGACAGAAGACACCGAGCGGAUGUUGCUGCGUCUUUCCAGCGAGUUGCAGUCUUACAUCUGGAAGAAAAGUGCGAACGAGCAAUAGAAUGGGCAUUAAAAAUCGAGCCUUCUAUACAACAUCUGGUAGUGUCUGGCGGUGUUGCUUCGAAUCAAUAUGUAAGGGCUCGGCUCAGUCACGUUGUUGAAAAGAGAAAGCUAAAACUUGUUUGCCCUCCCCCCAGCCUUUGCACAGACAAUGGAGUGAUGGUAGCUUGGACGGGUCUCGAACAUUUUCGUGUGGGAAGGUACGAUCCACCACCAGCAGCAGAUGAGCCUGAAGAUACCGUGUAUGAUUUACGACCGAGGUGGCCAUUGGGAGAGGAGUACGCUGAAGGAAGAAGCGAAGCUCGGUCAGUGAAGAGGGCCAGAAUCCACCCUUCACUCACUUCCAUCAUCCAGGCUUCUCUACUCGACAACAAACAUAAAGCAGAAGACAGUGUCUGCAACUGAAGCCAAGGAUUGAAUCCGCAUAAGCUUUCCUGUGUAAUUUGUUUGGAGAAGUAUGAUGAGAGGGAGACAGAUCUUUGUAACUUCUUGAUGUUACCAGAAGUUGAUGUCAUGAUUCAAGACCAAAUGUAUUCUUCCAAACGUAUUCUGUGUCCGAAUGGAGAUGAUGUUUUGAAUUAGAAAAGCUUUGAGAUGUAGUU